ACGAAGGCAUAAAUGCGGGGUAGGCGCAAUAGCAACUACGCUUUCCAACUCCACUAACGUCCGCUCAUCUCAUGAAGCUUCAAAGCAAGCAAACUGAUCACGCACAAUUACCCUUUUGGACAAGGAAGAAUAGCCGACUGGUUAAAUGCACGGCAAACGUGGCGUGUCAAUGGAAACUCAGAAUGAAUCUCACGUCUCGAUUGACGGAAUCUGGUUAGCCAAGCCAAAAGGAUUGCAGCUUAUACAAGCUCUUCGCACCAAUCCGACGAAGAACGGAACGCCCGAUCUCUUGCUAUACGCCAUGGGACCCCCGAAGAUAUUGACAAGUAGCGGCCUCCAUCUCAAAGAUAUUAUCUCGAUGGCGAAUAAAUAGAAU